AUGAACUGCUUAACCAAAAAAGCGAUUGCGCAAUAUUUACAAACAAACAAACGUCACUUGUAUUUCAGGAUUUUCUAUCAUACCCGAAUCAACAGCUGAUAAAGCGACCGAACCUGCACAAUAAUCAAGUUUUAUAAGUAUCAAAAGAAUGGCUGAGUGUUUUGCAGAUACCAACAAGAUUCGACAGUUCGUAUCAAAAGUAACAAACUUCUCAUCACAAUACAACAGUACCAGUUGGUCAGCUAAUACAGUUAUUGGGCCCCCAAGGGUCUACCCACAGCAUGGAGAUCUGCAUGGAGCAUGGGCAAGUAGUAACAUUGAUGCCAAACAGUUUAUUGAGGUCCUGUUUAAAGAAAGAGUCUUUCUGACAGAGGUCAACAUUUAUGAGACUUACCAUUCUGGAGGUACCAAGAGAAUUAAGGCUAAAGACCCUGCAGGGAAAUGGGAUACUAUAUAUGAAGCCCAGCAAGUAGAAUGCCACAAGAAAAGUAGAAUUUUUUCACCAUCAAUAAAGAAACCAGUCUACCAAGUUAAUGAAUUACGGAUAGAUGUGGAUUGUACAAAAGCAGGGACUUGGGUAGAAAUUGAUGCAGUAGAAAUGGUUGGAACAAGAUUCAAUUUUGAGUUGCCUCCAGCCCCUGCCACACUGUCAAAGAACAUGAAAGAGCUUGUCAAUAGCGACCUAUUUAGUGAUGUCCAAUUCUCCGUGGAUGGUAGAACUUUCCAUGGACACAAGGCCAUAUUGACUGUGCGGUCUGACUUCUUUAGAGCUAUGUUUUGUGACCAAAUGAAAGAAAGUAAAACAAGUGGAUCAAUAGAAAUAAAGGAUGUCAGCGCUGAUGCUUUUUCAAUCAUUCUACAUUUUAUUUACUCCAAUGAGAUUGCUGAAAAUUCUGACCAUUGCCUGCUUUUGGAGAUUUGGAGAGUUGCUGAUCAGUUCUGCCUAGAGGAUUUGAAGUCAAUGGCUUUUAUGAGCCUCUGUAUGAGCCUGAAUGUGGAUAAUGUGGUGGAUAUCUAUGUGGAAGCUGCCACCAAACUCCCAAUGAUUGAGGAUUUAAUAUCAGCAGCCAUGUCUUUCAUGAGAGCCAGAAUGAACGAUAUUGUACACCAACCAAACUUUACCUCUCUACCCAAAGACAUCAUGGUGGAAAUUAUUCAGAGCAUGACUGAAAAAAUGUCCCUCACCGACUAAAAACAGGAAAUAAGAUACAUAUCUUCCUUGCACACACAAACUAAUCUUUGCUAUGGUAAAUGAAUGACUUUUGAUGACAUACAAUCUACUUGUGUAUCCAGGACUGUUUUAUAGAGAACUUAAAAAUAUUCGAUUUAAUACUCAGCUCAAUUUUGGCUGUACUGUAUGUCACCGUGCCAGUGACUGCAGUUAUGCUCAUUUAUUUACACGGUGUUCAACUGAAGGAAAACAACUUACAAAGGGGGGGGGGGGGGGGGAUCUACAACUUAGAACAUUGUUUGAGAAGAGGUUAUGAUAAAUACUAAUUUUAAACUUUACCUCAACAACUGGCAGCUUUUCUAUGUUGCUACGGAUUUGGUCACACUAGCUUUUGAAGUGAAAUUGCAGUUUUUGUUUUAGUUUUUUUUGUCUUUGUUUGGGUUUUUGUUGAUGUUUUUACAGUGAAUGAUUUCUUAUUUUAUAUUUCAACAAAUUUAUUGUUUAAAUAUUUUGAGAAUGCCUUUUAAAAUCAAAAGAAAAAAAGUGAAAUGCCUUAUAAAUGCAAGGCAGUGUAGCGCAUUUUAUAUAUUGUUGUACAAUCACUUGUAUACUUUUACCAACUUUUAUAUUACACCUUGUCUACUCAGGAAACAGUACCAAAAUCUACGAGGUCUUUUCAAAUUAUAUCCAAUUCUAUGUGAUGAUAUUUUAUACCUAUACAUAUGUAUAUAUACAUUCUAUUUCUACUCUGUAUUGGAAUUUGUGCUCAGGACUAUUUUUAGGUAUUGCUCAAUGUGAUCAUUUGUAAACAUAUUAAUGUAGAUGAUUUACAAAGUUUGAAAUUCUUAAAAGGACAAUUUGUUAAUCCCUUUUUAAUGGAAUGUUUAAGAAACUUUGUUAAUUAGUUUGGCCGUUUAGUUGUUGACUAUAUUUAUAGAUUUGUUUUAAUGAUUUACUAGUAUAUGUUUUGUUAUUGGUCCAAAACUUUUUAGUCACUAUUGUCUAUAUCAGACGAAAGGCAAUCAAGAUUUCUGUGAUAUUUAACCCUAUUGUAGUACAUUUAUUUAUUUUUAAUUUGAUUAGACUUUUUAUUACAUUUUAAUACAUAAUGAUUUUUCUGCUAUUCCAAAUGCACAUUUACCUUUCCAAUUUGUAAUCAAUUACAAAAUUAAUUGAUUGCAUUGCUUUUAUUGAGAUCAAUAUCAUUCCUGAUUUACCAGUAUAUGGCCCCUUUUAAUUGUUUUGAUUAUGCUAAACUUCUUUUUUUUCUUAUAUCUAAUUUACUCAUGAGAAUAAUAAAAUCGCUGAUACGUGC